AUGGAAAAACCCACCCAUGGUACCGUGCACCUGAGCGACUGGCAGAAAAGUUACUUUGCUAUUACCUCUGGCACCUGCACACCCGGACAGAAGGCAGAUGGAUAUCGUGCAAAAAUUCUGCGUAUUCAGUAUGCAUGGGCAAACUCUGAGAUCUCCCAGGUCUGCGCUGCCAACCUGUUUAAAAAAUAUGCAGAGAAAUACUCUGCAAUUAUUGACUCUGACAACAUAGAGACUGGCUUGAAUAACUAUGCUGAAAACAUUUUGACUUUGGCAAAGUGUCAGCAAAAUGACAGUGACAAGUGGCAAUCUGCCUUGACAACAGAGAAUGUAUUUGAGUUAAAAUGUGUGCAAGAGAGGAUGCAGGCUGGCAAAAAUUUCCAAAGCUCUCAGAUGGCACCAGCAGAUGCCGUUGUGCUCGCUGAUAAAGGGGUCAGUGCCUCUGCCGCUUCAGGUCUCCCAAAACUCACUGUCUUCAGCAGUGCUGGAGAGACUGGCCUCUCUGCUGGCUCAUCAAAAUGUACAAGUGAGGGACUAGAUCUCCUUGAGCAUCCCUCAUCUUCAAAGUCUUUUCAAAGCAGUGUGCCUCCUGUGACCAAAACUUCAGAUAUAUUUCCUGCCUCUUCUGCUUCCUUCAAUGAACUGAUUCAAACAGGUGUCCAGGCAACUCCACUAUUUGGAAAUAAAGAAGCAAUGAGUAGCAGUUCUCUGCAAGCAUCAGGUCACUCUGGUGAUGGACAAAAUUGGUCUCUUUCCAGUCAGCCAGCUGUACAUACAUGGUCUGCAAAUUCUGGAAAGAGAAAAGCAUUUUAUAAUGUGGCUGAUGAAAGCAGCACUGUGAUUUCUAGCCUUGCUCCAUACAAGGCUUCUGUUAGUACAGAAGCCAGUAGUUCUUCCGGGAACAGAAACAGAAAUGAAGAGGGCAGUAUUACUGGUUUUAGAACUGCAAAAGAACAGCUGUGGGUGGAUCAGCAAAAGAAACCUCAAAAUGUACCCCAGCGCACACCAAUCUCAUCAUAUGGGGGUGUAAAAAAAUCACUGGGUGCAGGCAGAUCUCGGGGUCCAUUUGGCAAGUUUGUGCCUCCGGUUCCAAAGCAAGAUGGAAAUGAAAAUGGAGGAGCACAGUGUAAACCUCCUACAAGAGGACCAGCAGAACCAUCACUUCUGACAGAUGAACGACUGAAAAACAUAGAACCAAAAAUGGUUGAACUCAUUAUGCAUGAGAUCAUGGACCAUGGGCCUCCUGUGAACUGGGAUGACAUUGCUGGAGUUGAAUUUGCUAAAGCUACAAUAAAAGAAAUAGUAGUCUGGCCUAUGCUGAGGCCAGACAUCUUUACUGGGUUACGUGGUCCUCCUAAAGGAAUUCUUCUCUUUGGCCCCCCUGGGACUGGCAAGACUCUCAUCGGCAAGUGCAUUGCGUGCCAGUCUGGAGCUACAUUUUUUAGCAUCAGUGCUUCUUCUCUGACCUCCAAAUGGGUAGGUGAGGGGGAGAAGAUGGUCCGUGCGUUGUUUACUGUGGCACGAUGUCAGCAGCCAGCAGUUAUUUUUAUUGAUGAAAUUGAUUCUCUGUUGUCCCAGCGUGGAGAUGGGGAGCACGAGUCUUCAAGAAGAAUAAAAACUGAAUUUCUGGUGCAGUUAGAUGGGGCGACAACCUCCUCUGAAGAUCGUAUUCUGGUAGUCGGAGCAACAAAUCGGCCCCAGGAAAUAGAUGAAGCUGCCCGAAGGAGACUGGUAAAGAGACUGUACAUUCCCCUUCCAGAAGCUUCGGCUAGGAAGCAGAUUGUUACUCGCCUAAUGUCAAAAGAGCACUGCUGCCUGAAUGAGGAGGAAAUUGAACUCAUAGUUAAGAAGUCGAGUGGGUUUUCUGGGGCAGACAUGACACAGCUCUGUCGAGAAGCUUCUCUGGGCCCGAUCCGCAGUCUUCAGUCAAUGGAUAUUACAACCAUCAUGCCAGACCAAGUACGGCCUAUUGCUUUUCUUGACUUUGAGAGUGCCUUCAAAACUGUGCGGCCCAGUGUUUCCUCUAAGGAUCUAGAGCUGUAUGAAACCUGGAACCAGACGUUCGGCUGUGGUAGAUAA